CCCACUGUUUGCGAUAAACAUUAUCUGAAAAUGUCAAACCCGAAUAUAUUGGUUGUCACCAAUACCACUACCAGCGUGCCCGUGACUGGGGAAGUCAGUAUAACGUGGGACGAUGCUACGUGGAUUCUUACAAGUUCUUUUAUCAUAUUCACCAUGCAGUCGGGGUUUGGUUUGCUCGAAGCGGGAGCUGUGACUAAUAAAAACGAGGUCAACAUAAUGGUAAAGAACGCGGCUGACGUCAUUUUUGGUGGUUUGACGUAUUGGUCGUUUGGGUUCGGCCUCAGUUUCGGAAAGGACCAAGGUGCAAACAUGUUCUGUGGCGUGGGGAACUUUUUCGUCGACGCUGACGAUGAUCAGAUGGGAGUCAUAUUUUCUACGUUUGUGUUCCAGCUUUCUUUCGCCACCACCGCUACUACUAUUGUGUCUGGUGCGAUGGCGGAGCGAACUAAACUGUGUUCGUACAUCAUCUUUAGCUGCGUUAAUACUGUGGUGUACUGUAUACCAGCUCAUUGGCUGUGGGACGAUAUUGGCUUCCUACGCAAACUAGGCGUCGUAGACAUUGCUGGUGCCGGCGCUGUACACUUAAUCGGUGGUGGUUCUGCAUUAGUGGCAGCAGUCAUGCUCAAACCAAGGUCAGGACGGUAUGACCAUGGAACAGAAUCCUUACCUAUGGGGAACCCUGUCAACUCACUUCUGGGAACCUUCAUGCUUUGGUGGGGCUGGCUGGGGUUUAACUGUGGAAGCACCUUUGGUAUCUCUGGAGGGAAGUGGAAACUGGCUGCCAAAUCUGCCGUUGUAACCCUAUGUGGAUCUAUUGGCGGAGGUGUGAUAGGAAUUACUACCAGUUACAUAACAAGAAAACGAAAGUUUGAAAUCGAAUACAUUGUUAACAGUAUCCUCGGAGGACUCGUGUCAAUAACAGCUGCCUGUGCCAUCAUUAGACCAUGGGAGGCCCUUAUCGCAGGAGCCGUAGGGGGAUUCAUCGCCAUCCACGCGCCUAAGUUCUUCAACUGGCUGCACGUGGAUGAUCCAGUGGGCGCCGUGUCUGUCCAUGGUGUCGUCGGAAUAUGGGGUCUGAUGGUAGUGGGUUUGUUCACGGAGAAUGAUCACUUGGAGAACCUCACGCUCGGGCGAAGCGGCCUGAUACACGGGGGAGGUUUCUACCUGUUAGGUGUUCAGAUGAUGGCAGCUCUUAUCUUAUCUACCUGGUCAUCUCUCUGUACAUUCAUUCUCCUCUUUCCCAUCAAGAUGACAAUCGGUAUUCGUUUGUCGCCCCACGAAGAAUUUCUUGGAGCAGAUUAUGUCGAACAUAACAUAGUACAUAAAGAGACAAACAUCAUCUUCUCUCGACCAUCUACAGCACGGGAUAGGGCCAUAGCCAGCAGGGCUAACCUAAACAGUGUCGUAUGUGAUCAGGCCACAAGGCGAGAAACAGUUUCGGUGCAUUCGGAUACCCAAACGUCGAUUUCUGAUGUGAUUGCACUGACCGAUUUCCCUGACCAAACCGUUAACUCGACAGUCAUGUCAGGAGAGAGUAAACCCAGAAGGGGACUUCCACCAAUUCCAUGUUGUUGCUGCAAGCACAAACAACGAGCGUUGGUUAUCAGUUCUUAACCUCGCAGAGCUAAUCCUGGAUCUAUAGACGAUGAGAUAUGUUCCACAUAUGCUAAAUUAAACUGAAUGUAUUUUGCAACAAUUAUGUAACAAGUUAUCAGCUCUUGUUGCCUCGGAUGGAAGCAAACAUGGGCUCUUGAUAUGGAGGGAAGCAACUGUUGAGUAUAGAACCGUGUAAAUUCUGAUGUCCUAGUGGUGCAUAGGACCCCGACCGUGAAAAGCGUAUGCGCUAACCCAUGCGCCAUCCGACUCUUACUACAUGUGCUACUUCAUUAUCAUUUACAACAAAUAACGGCAUUACGAGAACUUGUCAUCCUUGAAAGUCCAAGUGUUACGCUCUCUUACUUUCUCCGUACCGUUGGAAUAUGCCACGACGAAACUGAAGGCUUUAUCCGCGACACUUUGUGAAUGGUAUAAGUAGAAUUGCGCUUGGGCGGAACGGUAAAAUUAAACAGCUUUACCGUCGGAUCGACUCAUACGUAAUCUUCAAAGAACAGGUUUCAGCCAAACGAUUGAUCAGGGGUUUUCACCUGAAAUCAAUCAAAUAGCUACAGACGUAAGUAUCUGACCGUUACCCCAGGAAUGUCGAGAUUACAAAUGGGUGUGUACAGUGAUAAUCACCGAGAUUGUUUAGGCAAAUAUUAAAAAAAAUGUAUUGUUGAAAAGACUGUCAUUCAACGUAAAAUUGUUGCCAUGCGAAAUGAAUUAAAUAAUACAUGAUG